UCGUAGUUUAGUUACGAUUUCGAAAACGACCCGACGCGUCGCGCCGCCGGCGAUAUCCCGUAUUUCUCACGAAUUACGCUUUACCUUCACCAAGUUCUCGUUGCACGUCGCAUUGACCCAUUGUGUGUUUGUGAUUUGAUUGUGUAUGGACUAUUUUGUGAAUUUGGAUUUGUUUUGCCAACUAUUUAUCGGAUCGCAGCUCGUCCUUUUCAACAAGCGACCAGCCACCCCUCUCAAACAGUGAUGUCAACCAGCUAGCGCCAUGGGGGUAACCGACGAUUUUGCCCCGAGUUUCACUCAGAAGCCGCAGCUGCGCCAGGAGGACGAUGGCAACAAGCUGGUCUUCGAGUGCCAACUCCUGGCCUCACCCAAGCCGGAGAUCAGCUGGUACCGCAGCGAUGAGCUGCUCAAGGAAGACAACAGGACACAAUUUAAGAUCCAGAGCAUCGCCAACAACAAGUUUCUGGUGGUGCUCGUGCUGGACGAUGUGAUCGAAACUGACGCGGGGCUGUACAAAGUUAAGGCUAAGAACAAGAUGGGCGAGGUGGCCGCCUCUAUUAACCUUAACUUUAGCCCUGCUGAUGAAGAAAAACAAAAGCAAGUAGACGGUAAAGCACCAACGUUCGCGCGCAAGCCUGCCAUUAGACAGGAAGACGAUGGCAAGCGGUUGAUAUUCGAGUGCCGGAUCGAGGCCGAGCCAGUGCCCGGCGUCACGUGGUUCCACAACACAGAAGAGGUCAAACCGGGCUCAAGACAUAAGUUAACAGUGAGCAAGGAUGGCAAAUCAUACUACGCAUCAUUAGAAAUUAACAAUGUGACCGUGGAAGAUGCCGGGAAAUAUCGAGUCACGGCCAAAAAUGAACUCGGUGAAAGUAACGCCACGAUUAGCUUGAACUUCGAUAGCGACGAAGCCCCCGUGCCUGAAGACUUUAUCAAACCUACGUUUACGGAGAGACCGGUCAUCAGGCAAUCGGAGGACGGUACCAAAAUCACAUUCGAAUGUCGGUGUGUUGGCAAACCGAAACCAACCAUUGCAUGGUACCAUGGAAAGAAGUUAAUAAAAGAAAGUAGUCGGUACAAAAUUUCGUUAGAAGAGGACCAAACGCUAUAUCAUAUGGCGCGAUUAGAAAUAAUAGGUGUAGAUAAUUCCGAUAAGGGAGAAUACAGGGCUAUAGCAAAAAACAAACACGGCGAAGGCGUAGCCAAAAUUAACUUAAAUUUCCAGGGUGGGGACAAACCAAAAAUUCCCGAUGGGAAAGCUCCUAGGUUUCCAAAAAAACCUACAAUACGACAAGAAGGGGAUGUUUUAAUUAUGGAAUGCAUACUUGAAGCACAUCCUGUGCCAGAUAUUACAUGGUUCCACGGGGAUAAAGAAAUUAGGGAUGGUAAUAAAAUGAAGAUGUCCAGAAAAGCAACUGGAAAGGACACUUUUAAUCUUACCCUAGAAAUUUUGGGUCCCACUAAGGAAGAUGGGGGAAAUUAUAGGUGUAAUGCUUUCAAUUUAUAUGGUGAAAGCAAUGCCAAUAUUGCUCUCAACUUCCAAGGGGGAGACGACGAAAAUGGUUUCGCUCCAUCUUUCAUUGAAAAGCCACGAAUAAUACCGAAUGAAGAUGGCACUCUCAUUACAAUGCGCUGUGUCUGCAAAGCAAAGCCGGCGGCAGAAGUCACGUGGUACAGAGGCACAACGGUUAUUAAGGCUAGCAGUAAAAUAGAAAUCAAAUCUUCUGUUAUAAAAGAAGAUGUAUAUGAAUUAAUAUUGCUCUUAUCUAAUCCGACGGCAGCGGAUGGUGGCGCUUACCGCUGUUAUGUACGGAACGAGUUUGGAGAGAGCAAUGCUAAUCUAAACUUAAACAUCGAGGCUGAACCAGAGCCUGAAGGCGAGGGACCAACUUUCGUUGAAAAACCUACUAUUCAGUCCAAAGAAAACGGUAAACUUGUAAUAAUGAGUUGCAAAGUUAAAGCUAGUCCAAGACCAACAAUUGUGUGGUACCACGAGGGCAGAGAAGUUAGGGAAUCGUCAAAAAUUAAGACCAGGGUCGAAGUAAAAGAAGACAUUUACACUAUUAUUUUGGAAUUAAUCGAUCCUGGUAUUGAAGACUCCGGAUUGUAUAAAUGUAAUAUAAAGAAUGAACUUGGAGAGCUAAAUGCAAACCUGACGCUCAAUAUUGAAAUCAUUCCAGUUAUUAAAGAAAAGCCGAAGAUCAUUAAAAUAAUUAAAAAGAAAACAGUUAUUGUUGAGUGUAAGGUAUUAAGUAAAUUUGCACCUUCUUGUACAUGGUAUAAAGAAGCAAGUGCUGUUAAGGAAGAUGCUAGACAUACUGUCCUUAUAGAACCUGUUAGAGAAGGUGAAUUUGCAGUGAAGUUAGAGAUUUCAAACAUAUCACAACAAGAUAGAGGCUCAUACAAACUUGUUGCGAAAAAUGAAAAAGGUGAAGCAACUUCACAACAAGUUGAAAUCACUGAUAUUCCUGAAGAAAAAGGGGACAAACCUCAGAUUAUCAAACAUCUCAGAAGUUUGGCCAGGAAAGAAAAUGAGGAGGCAGAAUUCGUAGCUGUACUUAAAACAUCAGAUCAAUCAUGCAGAUGUACCUGGUACAAAAAUUCUACAGUGAUACGAGAUUCAUCUGAAAUUAAUACGUCAUUUGACGGUACAAAUGCAAGACUGAUCAUAAGAAAAGUAACGCACAAAUAUGUAGCUAACUAUAGGGUAGUAAUAAAGAAUGAAUAUGGCGAGGAUGAAUCUAGUGCAGACUUGACAAUUGUUGAAGAAAAGAAAAAGAAAAAGGAAGAGGAAGAGGAAGAGGAAACAGUGAUGGAGGAGUCGGAAGAAGAAAUGUCAAUCGUUGAAGAAAAAUCAGUUAUCGAAGAAAAUCACAUUGAUGAGAAAAAGGAAAAACAGGAACUGAAACGUAAGGAAGAAGAAGAAGAAGAGGAAGAAGAAGAUGAAAAGACUCUUAUCAAAAAGAAAAAAGUGGCUGCCAAGAAGGUAACAAAGAAAGAAGAGGUUAAAGUAGAAGCUAAACAGGAAGAAAUUCAGAUUGAAGCAAAGAAAACAGAAAGUAAGGAAGAACAAAAGCUAGAUACCAAACUCGAAGCAAAGAAAACGGCAACUAAAGUUGAAGAAAAGAAAGUAGAGACUAAGUUACAAACUCAAGAAGAACAAAAGAAGGCUGAAGUUGAAAUUGAUGAAGCUAAAAAAAUUCUAGAAAAGAAAGCAGCAAAAACAGAAGAAGAAAAGAAAGCCCUCUUAGAAAAAAUUGAGAAAAAGAAAACAGAGAAAGAACCCGAACCAGAGAAAAAAAUUGAAGGCAUUCCAAAAUUAAAACCUGUAAAACCUAAAGAAGAACCUAAACCUGAAGAAGAUAAAAAAGAAAGUAAAAAGACUGAAGAAAAGAAAAAAGUAAUAAAAAAGAAAGUUGUUGCAAAAAAGAAGGAAGAAAAAGAGGAUGAAUUCGACUUUGUUGAUGAUUACGAGCGUCCAGUAUUGGAGAAAUACGAAAGAAUUACACCUACACCACUUGAAAAGAAAUCAAAAGUUAGUGACACGCCCCAGACAAAACGGGCCUCUCUAUCAGAGAGCAUUAAAAGUCAACCAGAAGAAAGUGACGAGGAGGAACCUUCUUUGGCCACUCCGGCUCCAGAGAAGAAACCAAAAGUUGAACAAACAGAAAAGGUUGAGGAGACAAAGCGACCAAGUAUCAAAAAGGGAGUUCUGAAACCAGAGGAACCGAUUGAUGAAUUAUCAAAAGUAAAAUUAGGAAAAGCUCCAAUAAAGCCAGUUGAAGAGCCAACUGAAGAACCACAAGUAGCACAAAGCAAAAAACCAAUUAAAAAGCCUAAUGAACAAAAAGAGUUUGUAGAUGAUUACGAAAAACCUGAUCUUGAAAAAUACGACAAAAUUUCUCCAACAUCAAUAGAUAAAACAAAAAAACAGAAUGGAGUUAAAGAGGAAUCACCAGAAUUCGUAGAUGAUUACCAACGUCCAGAACUUGAAAAAUUAGAAAAACUGACUCCUACUCCUAAAACCAAACUUAAACCUAAUGACACACAGGAUGAGACUGAUACUAUGAAAGGCAAAAUUAAACCUAAAGAUAAGGAAGAUGAACCCGAGUUCCCAACAUUAAGAAAACGUUCAGUAGCAAAGGACAAGGAAGAGGAGAAAAAACCAGAUGAAAAACCAAAGGCAAAGACUGUUAAAAAAGAUGAACCAAAAGCAAAAAAACGUCCUUCUAUUAAAAAGAAAGAGGUCGAAGAGGAAGAGUUUAUAGACGAUUACGAAAGACCGGUACUAGAAAAAUACGAAAAGAUCACACCAACACCAAUUGAGAAGAAGAAAAAGGAUGAAAAAAAAACAGGAGAAGAAGUACCUUCAUCUGAAACAGUUCAAAGAAGACGUUCACUUAAAGAUAAAGAUAAACCUGAGCCCAUGGAUGUUGACGAAAAUGAAAACGUCAGUGUUACACGGCCUAAAGCUCCGGCUAAACCUGGGCAAAAGAUAGAGCCAAUGGAAACUGAUGAGAAUGUCAGUCUUACUAAACCAAAAACUCCAGUUAAGCCAGGGCAAGAGCCUGAAGACGUUACACUUACACAAAAGACACCGGCAGAAAUUAAACCAACGGAGGGUGUUGAAGAAGCGAAACUAAAGGUUAAGAAACCAGAAAUAGUUGACAGUAAAACUGUUAAGUUACCUUCAGGAAAAGACAAAGAUGACAAGGGUGAGGACACUGAAGAAUCUAUAAGCCUUGCAAAGCCGAAAACUAAGCCAACGGCUCCUGAAGAGGCCUCUCUCACACAAAAGAAACCAGCCUCGAAAAAACCAACGGAAGGCUCAGAAGCCGCACAACUAAAGGUCAAAAAACCUGCUGUGGUCAAGAAACCUAAAGAUGAGGACCCUCUGACAGUCAAAGGGGGUAAAUUUGAAUUGCCACAGCUGAAGAAAACGGUAAAGAAGACAUCGGAAAAAUCCAAAAAAGCUACAAUUGAUGAUGAUAAGAUUAAUGCUCAAGGGUAUCAACUGGACUUUGUUGACGAUUACGAGAGACCUGUUUUGGAGAAAUAUGAAAAGAUUUCACCUACUCCGAUUGUGAAAGACAAAAAAGAAAAGGAAAUAACGAAGGUGGACAGCAGAAGAACAUCCGUCCAAAGCAGUGAGACGCAAAUGGUUGCACAACAGUCACAGUUUCUCGCCGUCAAGACUGAAAGCCGACGGGAGUCCAUUCAAAGUGAUGUCUCAGAAGUCAAAACAGAUAGCCGCAGAAGCUCUACCAUCGAAAACAAAGCACUUAAGAUAACAAAAGAGACUUCGGAAAGUAGAAAAUCAUCGGUGGCAUCAAUAAGUGAACAAGAACAGGUUGGAAUUAAAAAGACUGGACUUAAGACCAGGGUAUUGGUCAAGGAUGAAGAAGUCAAUGAGUUAGCAGCAAUAAAACAUAAGCUGAAGGAUGACGUUAAAGACCAAGAAGAUCACUUAAACUCAGAGUAUGACGACACAAAUAAGGAAAACACACAACCGUGGCGACCUACGAAAACACACACACAGGACGUUCCUGAAAAGACACAACCGAAACGUAGUCUUAGCGUGGACCAGCCAAAACAAAAAGACAUUAAGCCUAGACGUCGACAUAGUAUUAAUGAGGAUACUGAAGAGUCAGACACAGAAAUUACUGAUAAAACGAAAGAAAAACGGAAAGUUUCAAUUGAUCGUCCAACAGAACCUACCUUCCGAAAGAAACGACCUAGUAUAACAGAGGAAAUAGAGAAAGUACCAGAAAUUGAAAAAGUUGAACCUGGUCGUAAAAAAGAAUCUAUUAAUGGUGAUUCUGUCGGUGAUGAAUCAGUUCGUAAAGAACCUAAAAAGGGUACAAAAAGUGUAGAAAAGUUAACGGAGUCGACAAAACUCAAUAAAAAUAGACCUACAACUGAUAAACCCACAUCUUUAAGUGAACGUCGGCCAAGUUCGAAGGACGAUGAUGAACCAAGUAUAAAAUUAACGGAAGUGAAGAGAAAAGUUUCUAUCGAUCGUCCUACAGAACCUACUUAUCCUUGGAGACCAAGUCAAACAGAUGAGGUAGAUGAUGAUAAAGAUGAAGAAAGUAUAGACGUACCGGAAAUUAGGAGAAAGGUUUCAAUUGAUCGCCCUACAGUACCUACUUACCCUUGGCGAAGACCAAGUCAAACUGAUGAGGACAAUGAUGAACCUAUCAAAGAUAUAACGGAAAUCAAAAGAAAGGUUUCAAUCGAUCGUCCAACGCUACCUACUUAUCCUUGGCGAAGACCAAGUCAAACAGAUGAGGUAGAAAAUGAAAAUAAACCCGUAGAAAAGAUGGACGUGGAUAACGUUGAACCUUAUAACAGAAAUGAGAAUCUUGAAGGUCCUUCUCAGAAUGUUCCUCUUAAACGUCCUUUGGAACCGAAAGAGGACACUAAGGACAAAGAAACAGAUAACAACGAGGAUAAAACUAAAGUUACCACUACGAAACCCAUUAAGACUAAACGUCGUCCUAGUUCAAAGGAUACAAACGAUCAAACAAAAUCAGUUGAAGUAGAUAAACCUAUAUCGGAUAAAAAAAUAGAAGAUAAAAAUAAUAUUAGUCGUAGUAAUGAGAAAUCUACACCUGAAAACCUUUUAGAAUCAGCACCAAAAGAAGAACCGAAAAAUCAAAUUCCCGAAAAGGAUAUGGAAACCCCUAAAUUGGGUGAACCACCAAAGCAAAAAUCACCAACAGACGUAACUCCGGACAAUAAAUAUCCUUGGCGUCGUCAAACUAAACCUAAAGAGGAUGUUGAAGUAACUAAGGAUAAAUUGGACGAACCACAAGUACUAGUUGUACCUGAUGUCGUUACACAAAAAGAUACACAAGAAAACACAAAACAAGACACACUUUACCCGUGGAGACAUAAAGAGGUAUCUAUACUGGUAACACCAGAGCCAGAUUCAAAAGAAAAAGAGGUACCAUUUUCAUGGAAAGUCAUUCCUGAAAUACCACAGGCCGAACAAACACCAGAGUUAGAAGAUAAAUAUAAACCAACUUUACGUGAAACAGAAGACACAGUUGUGCCUUGGAGAAGGUCUAGAUCUCCACAGGCUGACACUGAGGGCAAAGACGUGAAAAAACCAGCUUCUUUAGGGGUUCAACAGCCUACUUUAAGCAGCCCUCAGCCUGACGAGAAAGUGCAAGUAGAAGAGAAAAAAGUAGAGGUAGAAACUAAAAAGGCUAAAGUCACAGCUCCUAAGGUUAAGAAAGCCGAAGACUUACCUGAGAUUCCCGACUAUGAUAGACCUGAUCUCGAAAAAUAUGAAAAAAGUUCAUUUACUCCAUCUACUCGAGAUAAGCCAGAAAAGGAUAAGCCGGUUGAAAAACCAAAGGUGCCUGAAAUCAAGGCGCCAGAAGAAGUGCCUACACCGAAAAUUGAGGUCAUACGUGAAAAAUCUCCGAAACCGGAGGCUCCAAGAAAGCCGUCGUUAUCACCAGUACCGCCUGGCAGAAGGGGAUCCCUCAUUCCACCACCUGAAGAAAUGGGAAGACGACCAUCACUUAUCAUAAGUGACGAGGAAAAUAGAAAACUAAGACCUGGUGAGGUGAUCGAAGAGAAGAAGCGAAGAAAAUCUGGUGAUGUGAGAAGACCAUCUAUUCAAGACUUAGAAGAUUUGAUCAACAAACCAUCUGUGCCUUUGAAGCCUCUUGGAAAUGAGGGACCACCGCAAAUCAUUGAUGCUCCAGAAAGCAACUCUGCUAUUGAAGAUCAAACUGGAUACCUUACGGUACAAGUCGAGGGAAAUCCCGCACCUACGUUCAAAUUCUACAAAGGAGUAUCUGAAAUUUUGGAAGGCGGUCGUUUCAAGUUCGUAACAGACGGCGAAACUGGACUCAUUACACUUUGCAUGAGAAAAGUGAAACCUAUCGAUGAAGGAACAUACAAAGUUGUUGUUAGCAAUAUCCAUGGAGAAGACACAGCUGAAAUGUCUCUUUACGUAUCAGACGCCAGUGGUAUGGACUUCAGAGCUAUGCUCAAAAAGAGGAAAUACAAACAAUGGGGUGACAAGAAAGAGGAUCCGGACUGGGGUGACUUGAAAGAAGUCGAAAAACCUAUACCUCCUCUAAAGAAAGUGGAAAAGAAACAAGAGUCUUUCUUGAAACCUUUAGUAGAUCAAUUCGCAAAGGAAGGCAAGGAUAAGAAAGUCACGUUCGAAGCCAUAUUCACAAAGCCUAAUUCCAAACCAAAAUGGUUCUUCCGUAAGGAUGAAUUAUUCCCAGGAUCGAAGUGUAAAAUGACUAACGAGCAAGAUUCCUACAAAUUAAUCAUAUUCAACCCGAAAGUUGAAGAUACUGGUAAAAUUACAAUCGAAAUUGGUGGCAUUAAUUCCACUGCCUUCUUACAAGUGGAGGAGCCUGAUCCAACUUACACCUUUACGAAAAAUCUUAAAAAAGCCCUUACCGGGUAUACGAAACACGAAGUCGUCCUUGAGUGUGUUGUGUCGAAUAGUUUGGCUAUCGUUUCGUGGUGGAAAGGAGAAACUAAACUUGAAGAUGGUGAAGAGUUUCAAAUUUCAAAGGACUUGUCUGGUGUUUGUAAGUUAGUAAUUAAAAAAGCCAAGAUGGAAGAUGCAGGAAAAUACACCUGUAAGAUUGAAAAACAAACCGACAAGACUGAAUGCGAUGUUAAAAUUGUAGAAUACCCGUACAAAUUCACCAAGGUACUGAAGUCACAGCAGGCAAUAGAGAAAGAUACUAUAACUCUACUUUGUGAACUGGAUGACGCAGCUGGUGAUGUAAAAUGGUACAAGGAUGAUCAACCUAUAAAACCAGAUAAGCGCAUUGUGAUAGCGAAAGAGGGACGCAAACGAAAAGUGGUCAUUAAAGAUGCUAAAGUCACAGAUGCUGGUCACUUUAAAUGUGUCAGUAAUGCUGAUGAAACCACCUGUGAAUUAACAGUUAAAUAUUCUAAUCGCUUCAACAAAAAGUUGAAGGAUACAGAAGGAGUUGAACGAGACAAGGUUGUACUCGAAAUUGAACUGCAAGAUCAGACUGCUGAAGCGGUUUGGUCUUUCAAUGGGGAACCUAUUGUACCCAACGAAAGAAUUGAAAUCAAGAACCUGGGUGGCGGAAAACAUCAGCUGAUCUUUAACAAGUUAGAAAUGGAAGAUGAAGGUGAAAUCCUCUGUCAAUCUGGAGAACUCAAUUCUUCUUGUAAAUUGACGGUGAAGAAAGGAGAGUCCAAGCCUCAGAUUGAAUGCCCCGAUGAAUUUAACGGCCCAGCUGGACAUCCAUUUGUCAUUGAAGUGCCUUAUAAAAUUUACGGCACACGACAAACACCAAUUGAAGCUAAGUUGCUCAAGGAUGGUAAACCCUUGCCUAAUAAAGAAGUCGAGGCAGUGGUAGAACAAGAAAAAAUUUUAUUCAAGAUCAAGAAACCAACAAGGGAAGGUUCUGGUAAAUACCAGAUUAAACUGUCCAACGCUCAAGGAGAAGACUCGAAAGAUGUUACCAUCAUUAUGCAGAGUGUGCCUUCAGUACCUCAAGAUGUUGAGGUUACGGAAGUAUUCCAGUCAUCUUGUGUGGUUACAUGGAAAGCUCCUCAAGAUGAUGGAGGGUCACCUUUAAUAAAAUACAUUAUUGAGAGACAGGAUCUUUCUCUCAAAGCUGCAUGGGAUAGCGUAGCCGAUGUAGCAUUAGGUGAACCUACGAAAUACAAGGUUGAAGAUCUCAUACCAAAGAAAACUUACAAGUUUAGGAUACGGGCUGUUAAUAAAAUUGGAUCUAGUGAGCCUGGCAUAUUUGCCAAGCCAGUAUUGGCCAAGGAUCCAUGGGAUGAACCAUCGAAGCCGAAAGGCGUGGAACUCACAGAUUGGGACAAAGAUCAUGCAGAUAUUAAAUGGCAAAAGCCUGACAAUGAUGGCGGUGCACCAAUAACAGGAUACGUUGUUGAAUACAAGGAAAAGUUCGGCAAAGAUUGGGUGAAAGGUGUAGAGGUACCCGGGGAUGCUUUGUCCGCUACCCAAGAUGGCCUAAAAGAAGGUUGCACUUACGAAUUUAGGGUGCGUGCUGUUAACAAGGCCGGUCCCGGUGAACCGAGUGACGCAACUAAACCUGUUGUUGCUAAGUGCAGAUUUGUUAAACCGUACAUCAAAGGUGAGGGACUACAAAGUAUGAUUAUCAAGAAGGGUCAGGUAAUCAGUUUCGACAUAAAGUAUGGCGGUGAGCCUGAACCCGAAGUUAAAUGGAUACAAGGAGAAGAGAAACGUGGAAAGGCGUACACGGAGAAGGAAAUCAAUGAUGAUGGCGACCGUAUCACCAUAGACAAAUAUGAAAAGAACACCGUCCUCACAGUGAGGAGGACCACCAGGCCCGACAGUGGGAAAUACAAGUUGGUGCUCACCAACUCGUCGGGUACUUGCGAAAGCGUUGCUGAUGUUGUCGUUUUAGACAAACCUAACCGUCCAAAUGGUCCCAUCGAGGUCGUAGAUGUCCGUGCCGAGAAAGCUACAGUGAAAUGGAAGAAACCCGAUGAAUUCCAGGGAUCGGAUAUCACCGGCUAUACACUCGAAAAGAUGGACUUGGACACCGGAAACUGGGUGCCAUGCGGUGAAUGUGGUGCUGAACCCACCGAGUUCACGAUCAAGGGUCUCACCCCGAACCACAAGUACAAGUUCAGGGUGCGAGCCGUCAACAAGGAGGGUGAAUCGGAACCUUUGGAGACCGAUGGGGUCAUCGUUGCCAAGAAUCCGUACGACCCGCCGAAGGCUCCAGGCAAGCCCACCAUCAUUGACUACGACAACAUGUCGGUGACCCUCAAGUGGGAGCCGCCGACCGACAACGGUGGGCGCCCAGUGCUGGGCUACGUCAUUGAGAUGAAGGACAAGUUCACAGCCACCUGGGUUGAAGUGCUUAAAACAGAAGAUAUUAAGACUGAAGCCAAAGUGGAGGGGCUGAAAGAGAAGAUGAUCUACCAGUUCCGCGUCAAAGCGUACAACAAGGCUGGAGUCGGCGAUGCUUCCGAACCCACAGAAAACCAUCUUUGCAAGCAUAGGAACUUGAAGCCUCGCAUCGAACGCAGCACCUUCAAGUCAAUCAUCAUCAAGGCUGGUCGCACGCACAAGUGGUCCGUGGACGUCACGGGUGAACCUCCACCGGAGACCACGUGGUCAUGGCGCGAAAACAUAAAGCUAGUGAACACAGAACGCAUCAAGAUAGAGAACGUGGAGUACCAUACUGACUUCACGAUCGUGAACGCUGUGCGCCGGGACACCGGCAAGUACACACUGCGCGCUGAGAACUGCAACGGCUUUGAUGAAGAGACUGUGGAGCUGACUGUACUCAGCAAGCCGAGCGCGCCUAAAGGUCCGCUGGAAGUGACAAACAUCCAUGCAGAAGGCUGCAAAGUCAGCUGGGAGAAGCCAGAAGACGAUGGUGGUUCUCCCGUCAAAGAAUAUGAACUGGAGAAGAUGGACGUUGCCACCGGCAAAUGGGUCCGCGUUGGCAGAGUUGCCGGCGACAAGAAACCUCUAGAAAUCGACGUGACCGGUCUCGAGCCGGGCCACCAGUACAAGUUCAGAGUUACAGCUGUCAACGACGAAGGAGAUUCCGAGCCUUUGGAAACCGAAAAGGCUAUUGUUGCUAAGAAUCCCUUCGACGUAGCAGAUAAGCCCGGCAAUGUGGAGGUCGCUGAUCAUGACAAUCAAAGUGCUGAGAUCAAAUGGGACCCACCCAAGUCAGACGGCGGUGCUCCCGUACAGAAAUACAUCAUUCAAAAGAGACCUAAAGGCGGAGAUUGGGAGAAUGCUGCGGAAGUGCCUGGCUCAGCAACUUCCGGCAAAGUGGAAGGAUUGCCUGAGGGUAGUGAAUAUGAAUUCCGCGUGAUCGCCGUCAACAAGGCCGGCCCGUCUGAGGCUUCCGAGCCUACCAAGAUGACCACUAUAAGACACAAGGCCCUGAAACCUCGCAUUGACCGCACAAACCUGAAGGCUCUGGCGGUGCGUGCCACAAAACCGAUCUUCUUCGACGUGAACGUUCGCGGUGAGCCCGCGCCCAAGGUGCAGUGGUUCCAGAAGUGGAAGAACGAAGAGAAGGAGGUAACGGAAAACGUCAUCAACGUGGACUACAACACUAAGCUGGACAUCAAAGAGUCUGUGCGCUCGAUGACGGGCACGUACCGCAUCGUGGCCACCAACGAGCACGGCAAGGAUGAAGCGGAGGUCGAGAUCACCGUGCUCUCCGCGCCCGGCAAACCUGGCGGGCCGCUCAAGGUCACCGAUGUCACCAAGAACGGCUGCAAGCUCGCUUGGAAGAAGCCCGAGGACGAUGGUGGCAAACCAGUGACCGGUUACGUAGUCGAGAAGCUCAACAAAGCGACAGGCAGAUGGGUGCCGGUCGGCAAGACUGAUGACACGGAGAUGGACAUCAAGGGCUUGCAAGAGGGAGAAGAAUACGAGUUCAGAGUCAGGGCUGUCAAUGACGAGGGAGAGUCUGAACCGCUGAAGACAGAACAUUCUAUUGUGGCUAAGAAUCCCUAUGAUAUCCCUGGCAAACCAUCCGUACCUACCCUUGAGGACUGGGACGUGGAUCGUGUGGACCUCAAAUGGGAGGCGCCUAAGAACACGGGCGGAGCGCCCAUCACUGGCUACAUCAUUGAGAAGAAGGAGAAGUUUGGACAUUGGCAAGAAGCGCUUGUUACCACGACACCCGAAUGCAAAGCCCAAGUACCAGAAUUGAGAGAAGGCAACACAUACCAGUUCCGAGUGCGCGCUGUGAACAAGGCCGGUCCUGGAGAACCUGGCGAUGCUACUCAACCGCACGUUGCUAAAGCUAGAUUCUUGAAACCGCAUAUCAACCGCGACAAGAUGGUCGCAGUUCGAGUCAGAGCCGGAACGACGAUCAAACUCGAUGUUGACAUUAAGGGUGAACCUCCACCGACCAAGACUUGGACCUUUGCCAAUAAGAUCGUCGAGAACGGCCCGGGCAUCAAAUUAGAAAACGAGGAUUACAACACUAAACUGCAAAUAUUCGAGUCUUCAUGGAAGAACACCGGCAUUUAUACAUUGAAGGCUGAGAACGACUCCGGAGUUGACGAGGCUACGGUGGAGAUCACUGUUCUCGAUAAGCCUGGUAAACCCGAGGGACCACUGGAAGUGUCGGACGUCCAUGCAGAACAUGUCAAACUUGCGUGGAAGAAGCCCAAGCAUACUGGUGGACUCCCACUUAGCGCAUUUGUUGUGGAGAAGAUGGAUACGCUCACUGGAAAAUGGACUCCAGCGGGCACCAUCGAUCCCGAUGUCACCGAAGCUACUGUUACUGGUUUGGAACCAGGUCGCACAUACCAAUUCCGUGUAAAGGCUCUUAACGAAGAAGGAGAGUCAGAACCUCUGGACACAGACCAUGGUAUCCUUGCCAAGAACCCGUAUGACGUGCCAGCACCACCUGGCCUGCCUGACAUCGUGGACUGGGACGAGAAGUCCGUCAAACUUAAAUGGGAGCCACCUAUUAGAGAUAACGGAGCUCCGAUUCAGGGAUACGUUAUUGAAGUUAUGGAUAGAGAUAGAGGAGAGUUUGUGAAGGCUGCCGAAGUUCACGGCAACGUCUGCCAAGGCACAGUACCGAAGCUGGAGGAAGGCAACCAGUAUCAGUUCAGAGUGCGCGCCAUCAAUAAGGCUGGCCAAUCUGAACCUUCAGAGAACACCAACUGGCAUACAGCUAAGCCUAGAUUCUUGAAACCAAGGAUCGACCGUACAAAUCUCAACCCGAUUACGGUCAAAGCUGGUCUGCCAGUCUCCCUGGACAUCAAGGUCUUCGGAGAGCCUCCCGCCAAGGUCACAUGGCACUUCCAGGGCCAGGAGUUGAGCAACCGGGAGAACCUGGAGAUCAUCAACGUGGACUAUAACACCAAGUUCCUGAUGACUAAGAGCAAACGAGCCAAUACUGGCAAAUAUGUGAUCAAGGCCAAGAAUGAAGUCGGUGAAGACGAAGCUGAAGUAGAGAUCACCAUACUUGGUAAACCAUCCAAACCUAAGGGUCCAUUAGAAGUAGCGGAUGUAACAAAGAACGGCUGCUCAUUGUCUUGGAAGAAGCCAGAAGACGAUGGUGGAUCACCUAUCGAAUAUUACGAGAUUGAAAAACUUGAUCCGCUAACUGGUCAAUGGAUACCGUGCGGCACGGCCAAAGAUACAAAGGCGAACGUGACAGGCUUGUCAGAAGGCAAGCCUUACAAAUUCCGCGUGAAGGCUGUCAACAAGGAGGGAGAGUCUGAGGAAUUGGAGACUGAGAAGCCUAUUAUUGCUAAGAAUCCCUUCGAUGAGCCCGGUAAACCUGGACGUCCAGAUCCACGCAACUGGGAUAAGGACUUCGUUGAACUUGAGUGGUCACCGCCAAAGGACGAUGGUGGUGCUCCCAUCACUGGUUACAUCAUCCAGAAGAAGGAAAGGGGAGAAAGGACAUGGCAAGAUUGCCUGCGUACCACUGGAGAUCGUCCCACAGGCCGCGUGACAGACGUGGAUGAAGGACACGAGUACCAGUUCCGCGUGAUUGCCCUCAACAAGGCCGGGCAGAGUGAACCCUCUGAGCCCAGCAAAUCUGUUACUGCCAAACCUAGAUUCCUGGCACCUAAAAUCGACCGCAAGAACUUGCAAAAUCGCAAAAUCAAAGUCGGUCAACUCCUCAAGUUGGAGGCUGAUGUUAAGGGUGAACCUGAACCUACCAUCACUUGGACCUUCAAGGAGAAGACACUCAAGAGCGAUGAGAGGUUGAAGAUUGAGAAUGUGGACUACCAUACGUCGUUCAAUCUCCAGAAGCUAACAAAGGAAGACGGUGGAAAGUAUGUCGUGACAGCGAAGAAUGACUCUGGUACCGAUUCGGUUGAGAUCGAAAUCACGGUUGUAAGCAAGCCAUCCAAACCGAAAGGACCAUUGAAGGUAUCGGACGUCAAAGCCGACGGCUGCAAGCUUAAAUGGGAGCCGCCAGAAGACGACGGCGGUGAACCAAUCGAAAGCUACGUCGUUGAGCGAAUGGACACAGAAUCUGGCAGAUGGGUGCCAGUGUGCACCACUAAAACACCAGAAGCUGACGUCACAGGCCUGAACGAAGGAAAAGACUACAUGUUCAGAGUUAAAGCUGUCAACCCUGAGGGUGAGAGUGAACCACUGGUGACUGAGACAGCCACAACAGCCAAGAAUCCUUAUGGCGAACCAGACGCACCAGGCAAGCCAGAGUUCAAGGACUGGAGUGCGGAUCACGUGGACCUCAAAUGGGAGAAGCCCGCAAACGAUGGAGGCGCUCCUAUCACAGCGUAUAUCGUGGAAAAGAAAGACCGCGACACCGGCAAAUGGGUGAAAGCUGCUGAGGUCCCCGGAAACAAAACAGAAGCCAAAAUUCCAGACUUAAUCGAAGGAAAGACUUACCAGUUCCGAGUGAAGGCAGUCAACAAGGCCGGCCCGGGCAAACCUUCCACAGCAUCCGAGAAUCUGCUUGCUAAGGAUAGGUUUGCUGCGCCUAAGAUCGACAGGACAAACAUGCGCGACCUCACGCUGAAGGCUGGACAGAACAUCAGGUUGGAUAUCAAGGUCACCGGUGAACCUCCACCGACAAAGACUUGGUUCCAAAACAAAGAGCGUCUGUCCACUCGUGAUGACCUCUCCGUGGACGUGGAAGACUACAGGACGAAGCUGUCAGUGGUGAUCGCGUCGCGCAAACACAGCGGCACUUAUGUGUUGAAGGCUGAGAACAGCAGCGGCAAGGAUGAGGCCACCAUACAGAUUAUUGUCCUUGACGUGCCUGCUAAGCCAGAAGGACCAUUGAAGAUCUCGGACGUACACAAAGAAGGCUGUCAGCUUAAAUGGAACGCACCAUUGGACGAUGGUGGUGCGCCCAUCGAUCACUACCUAGUCGAAAAACUGGACACGGAGACCGGAAGAUGGUUACCGGCUCUCAAAACCAAAGAACCAAAGGCGGAAAUAGAAAACCUGGUACCAGGACACGAGUACAAGUUUAGGGUUUCCGCUGUUAACAACGAAGGAGCUUCGGAGCCCUUAGAAGGCGAACAGUCUAUUAUUGCUAAGAAUCCAUUUGACGAACCCGGAAAACCGGGAACGCCAGAAGUUGUGGACUGGGACAAAGAUCACGUGGACCUCAAAUGGGAGAAACCGAUCAAAGAUGGCGGUGCCCCCAUCACAGGAUACAUCAUCGAGAAGAGGGAAGUUGGUUCUCCCAAAUGGGUUAAGGCUUGUGAGGUUGGACCAAACGACAACAACAAAGCAACAGUGCCGAACCUGGACGAGGGUACAGAGUAUGAGUUCAGGGUGAAAGCGGUCAACGAAGCCGGACCAAGUGAACCUAGCGAUGCCAGCAAGUCUGUCACUUGCAAGCCUAGGAAAUUGGCACCGAAGAUCGACCGCCGUAACCUCCGCCCUAUCAAAGUCCGAGAAGGCGAGCCGAUCUCCCUCGAUGUCAAGGUCACCGGGGAGCCCGCGCCUGACGUCACAUGGACGCUGAACGGAAAAUCCGUUAGCAGCGGCAAUGGGCUCAAAUUGAUCAACGUUCCAUACCUGAGCAAGUACCAACAUUCCAGUCCUAGACGUAAGGACGCCGGCACGUACAAGAUCCAAGCCAUCAACAAGUAUGGAUCUGAUACCGCUGAACUUGAAAUUGAAGUUACAUCUAAACCUGAUAAGCCGGAAGGCCCAUUAGAAGUAUCGGAUAUCCAUAAAGAUGGGUGCACACUGAAAUGGAAGAGGCCGAAAGACGAUGGCGGUGAACCGAUCGAAGCGUACCUGGUUGAGAAGUACGACCCUGAAACAGGCGCCUGGGUUCCAGUUGGAAAGACCCUUGGAAAUGUGCCUGAAAUGGAGGUCGACGGCUUAAUACCUGGUCAUGAAUACAAGUUCCGUGUCAAAGCUGUGAACAAGGAAGGUGAAUCCGAGCCAUUGGAAACAUUUGGCUCUAUCGUUGCCAAAGAUCCAUUCACUGUGCCAGAGGCUCCAUCAGCUCCAGUGCCAGACGACUGGUCGGCCACUCACGUGGACCUCAAAUGGGAGCCGCCAAUAUCGGACGGCGGGUCACCGAUCAUUGGCUAUAUUGUCGAGAAGAAGGACAAAUACAGCCCGCUUUGGGAAAAGGCAGUGGAGACACACACGCCCACACCAUCCGCUACGAUCAAUGGGUUGAUCGAAGGAAAUGAAUACCAGUUCCGAGUGAUUGCCAUCAACAAAGCUGGUCAAAGCAAACCGUCCGAAGGCAGCAAGAACUUCGUGGCUAAGCCACGGUUCCUGGCGCCAAAGAUCGACAGGAGACAUCUCCGCGAUGUGACACUGUCUGCUGGAUCCACACUGAAGCUGGAGGCAGCCAUCACUGGUGAACCUGCUCCUGCUGUGGAAUGGAGGUAUCAGAACAUGCCUCUCCGUGCAUCCAAGGCGGUGACCAUUGACAGUCCCGACUACUUCACGAAGCUGAUCAUCCGUCCCGUCAGGAGGGACGACUCGGGCGAGUACACCGUCUCCGCCGUCAACUCGAGCGGCAAAGACAGCGUCACCAUCAACGUGGUGGUCACAGACAAGCCUGCCAAACCUGAGGGACCACUGCAGAUCUCAGACGUGCACAAAGAUGGUGCGACGCUCAAAUGGAAGAGGCCGAAGGACGACGGCGGCACUCCUAUCGAGUACUACCAGGUCGACAAACUCGACACCGAGACUGGUGUCUGGGUGCCGUGUGCCCGGUCUGAGGAACCUAGAUGCGAUGUAACAGGCUUGACUCCUGGCAAGGAGUACAAGUUCCGUGUAUCCGCAGUCAAUAGUGAAGGCGAAUCUGAACCCCUUAUAUCGGAGGAGAAGAUUGUCGCCAAGAAUCCCUUCGACGAACCUGGUGCACCAGGUACUCCGUCAGUCACAGACUGGGACAAAGACCACGUGGACCUCAAAUGGUCACCGCCCAGAGAAGAUGGCGGUGCUCCCAUUGAGGGUUACAUCGUGGAGAAGAAGGAUAAGUUCGGAAACUGGGAGAAGGCACUUGAAGUGCCAGCAGAUAAAACAACUUGCACCGUACCAGAUUUGGUGGAAGGACAGACUUAUGAGUUCCGUGUAAGGGCAGUAAACAAGGCCGGACCCGGUGUCCCAAGUGACAGUACCCAUCCCAUCGUGGCCAAGCCUAGAAACCUUGCACCUAAGAUCGAUAGGACAAACUUGAUUGAUAUCAAGAUCAAGGUUGGCCAGAAGUUCGGAUUCGAUGUCAAGGUUACCGGUGAACCAAUGCCAGAAACUAAAUGGUUCCUCGGCAAAAGAGAAGUCAAGUCCGCUGGAGAGAUGAAGGUCCAACACACAGACUAUAACACUAAGAUGAACUGCAAGGCUGCCAAUAGAUCUGAUAGCGGAAGAUACACAAUCACAGCUGAGAACUCCAACGGCAAAGAUGUGGCUGAGGUUGAGGUCAUCGUGUUGAGUGCACCGAGUCCACCUGGAGGACCUCUCAAGGUAUCUGACGUGCACGCAAACGGUGCGAAGCUCUCCUGGAACCCACCAGCUGAUGACGGUGGUCAGCCUAUAGAGAAGUAUGUCGUGGAGCGUAUGGAUGAGGCCACGGGCAGAUGGGUCAAUGCUGGGGAGACUGAUGGCCCUCAGACCAACCUCGCAGUGGACGGCUUGCAACCUGGACAUAAGUACAAGUUCAGGGUCCGCGCUGUAAAUAGACAAGGCAAAUCCGAUCCGCUCACCACACCGCACGCCACAGAAGCAAAGAAUCCCUUCGACGUGGCCGGCAAACCUGGCACGCCUAGAGUCAAAGAUUUCGACAAGGACUUCGUUGAACUGGAAUGGACCAGGCCUGAAACAGAUGGUGGUGCACCCAUCACUGGAUACGUUAUUGAAAAGAAGGAUCGCUUUGCACCCGAUUGGGAAGAGUGUGCUCAGAUUGAAGGUGACGUCACAUCCGGCAAAGUACCAGAUCUCAUUGAAGGAAAUACGUACGAAUUCCGCGUUCGUGCGAUAAACAAGGCCGGAAAGGGUAUUCCAAGCGACGGAACUGGACCACACCUGGCUAGACCCAAGAACCUUCCGCCCAAAAUCGACAGAAACUUCAUGUUUGAUAUCAAAAUCAAGGUGGGACAGAACUUUGAACUUGAUGUACCAGUUGCAGGAGAACCAACGCCAACCAAAGAAUGGCUUAAUGGAGAUAACAUGGUACUUAACACAGACAGAAUCAAGAUUGUCAACGACACCCAUGCAUCGAAAAUCAGAGUUAUUGACGCUAAACGUGCAGAUUCUGGAGUUUAUACUCUCAAAGCUAAAAACAUCAAUGGAACUGAUUCUGCUACAGUCAAGAUUGUAGUUAUGGAUGUUCCACUGCCACCAGAAGGUCCAUUAAGGGUUGAUGAUAUCACCAAAAAUGGCUGCUCCCUUAGAUGGAGGCCACCAAAAGAUGACGGUGGAAGCGAAAUCACUCAUUACGUCGUCGAGAAGAUGGACCAAGAGAACCUCCGCUGGGUUCCCGCUGGAGACGUACAAGGCUGUAAUACUCGUAUUGAUCACCUUAUUGAAGGUCACGACUAUAAUUUCCGCGUUCGUGCGGUCAACAGACAUGGAGAAUCUCAACCUCUUGUUGGUCACGAACCGAUUACUGCUAAAGAUCCUUAUGGAACCCCAGACAAACCUGGUACCCCAGUUGCCAAAGAUUGGGACAAAGAUCACAUGGACCUGGAAUGGGUGCCACCAAAGAAGGAUGGUGGUACUCCAAUAACUGGCUACAUUAUUGAGGCCAAGAAGAAGUAUGGUCCUUGGGAACUUGCUGCCACGGUACCAGGAAACCAAACCACUGCCACAGUUCCAGGAUUACAAGAAGGAGAAGAAUACGAAUUUAGAGUCAUUGCUGUAAACAAGGCUGGAAACGGUGAACCAUCUGAUGCAUCUGCGUCGCAGGUAGCUAAGGCUAGGUUCUGUGCUCCUACCUUCGACAAAACGCUUCUUGCUGACAAGACUGUCAAAGCUGGACAAAGAAUACAAUAUGAAAUACCGAUAGAAGCAUCACCUAAGCCUACAGUUGAAUGGCAGAUCAACGGCAAACUCGUCCACCCAUCCGACAGAAUCGAUAUCCAAGUUUUACAUAACAGGGUUAUUCUUGACAUUCCAUUUUCCGUACGUUCCGACGGUGGCGUUUAUAAAUUAACCCUGAAGAACGAUAUUGGAGUUUGCUCAGCCAGUGCACAAGUUACUGUACUUGACAAACCUUCACGACCAGAGAAGCCUUUGGUUGUUUCUGACGUCACAAAGGACUCAUGUUCAUUAUCAUGGAAAGUACCUCUGGAUGAUGGUGGAUCACCAAUCUUACAUUAUGUUAUCGAAAAAAUGGAUCUCUCUCGUGGUACUUGGUCAGAUGCAGGAAUGAGCACGUUCUUAUCACACACAGUGACUAGAUUAAUACACAUGAAGGAGUAUUUGUUCAGAGUGAGUGCGGUUAAUGCUAUCGGUCAAUCCGAGCCAUUAGAAUUAGAUCGCGCUAUUGUAGCGAAGAAUGAGUUCGACGAACCUUCUGCUCCCGGUAAACCUGAGGCUACCGACUGGAGCAAGAACCACGUUGACUUGCAAUGGACUCCACCUAAAUCUGACGGUGGAGCUCCCAUUACUGGCUUUAUCAUUCAAAAGAAAGAAAAGGGUAGCCCAUACUGGGUCAACGCCGCUCACGUACCACCUGGCAAAAAUAAGGCUACUGUGCCAGAUCUGAUUGAAGGCCAAGAUUAUGAAUUCCGUGUUAUUGCGGUCAAUCAAGCUGGACAAUCCGAGCCAAGUGAACCUUCGGAUAUUGUCACAGCUAAAGAUAGAUUUGUUGCACCUAAGAUUCUUACACCACUUAAAGAGAUUCGUAUCAAAGCUGGUCUCAUUUUCCAUAUUGAUAUCGAUUUUAUUGGAGAACCUAUUCCUGAAGUGAAAUGGACUUGCGAUGGCAAAUCAGUAACAACCAAUGAAAGAACUACUGUUACGUCAGUUGGUCACCAUACUAUUGUUCACACCGUAAACUGCAAGAGAUCAGAUGCAGGCAAGUAUCAUAUCUCUUUGAAGAACGAUUCCGGAUCCGAUGAGGGUAGCUUUGAUGUAAUAGUACUUGACGUUCCUGGAGCACCACAACCUCCGUUCAAAUAUGAAGAAAUCACUGCACAAUCUGUUACUUUAUCAUGGAAACCACCUAAAGACAAUGGUGGCAGUGAACUUACUGGUUACGUAAUUGAAAAACGGGAUUUGACGCAUGGAGGUGGCUGGGUGCCAGCUGUCACAUACAUUAACCCGAAGUACAACCACGCCACAGUACCUAGACUUUCAGAAGGCACGAAAUAUGAAUUUAGAGUAUUCGCUGAAAACUUGCAAGGACGAUCUGAACCAUUAGUGACUGAUAAACCAGUUGUUGCUAAGAACCAAUACACAGUGCCCGGCAAACCAGGCAAGCCAGAACUCGUUUCUGCAGACAAAGACCACAUUAAAAUCAAAUGGCCAUCACCUAUUUCGAACGGUGGAUCUAGCAUUAUUGGUUACGAUGUUGAAAGAAAAGAUAAAGCUACCGGCCGCUGGAUCAAACUUAACAGAGAACCUGUCAGAAACAACGAAUAUAACGAUGACAGGGUCCAAGAGGGUCAUCAAUAUGAAUACAGAGUAUCUGCAGUUAACGCUGCUGGACCUGGACAACCCUCUGAUCCUUCUAAUGUUAUUAUCGCUAAACCAAUGAAGGAAAAACCGAAGUUGUGGUUAGACAGCCUUAUCGGUCGCAAAAUCAAGGUUAGGGCCGGCGAACCGAUCAAUAUAAACAUUCCAAUUACCGGUGCCCCUACACCGACUAUCACAUGGGCUAAGGGAUCCAUCCCAGUUGUUCCUUCAUAUAGAAUUACAGCUGAAACUAAACCUGAAGAAACCAAACUUAGUAUUGAAAAAUCAACUAGAGAAGAUGCAGGAAAGUAUACUAUUACUGCAACUAACGAACAUGGAAAAGAUUCUGCUGAUAUUGAAGUUAUUGUGGUUGACAAGCCUGGAAUACCUAAGGGCCCACUGUCUUGCACGCCAGUAACUCACGACGCAAUCAGCCUAACAUGGAUGCCACCCACUGAUGAUGGUGGCAGUGAAAUUACCGGCUACGUUGUGGAAGUGGCUGAAUUCGGUGUCAACGAUUGGCGUACAGUCGCUGGAUUCUGUCCAAAAUGCUCAUUUACUGUUAAGAAUUUGACUGAAGGCAAAAAGUACGUCUUCAGAGUGCGCGCAGAAAACUUAUACGGUGUAUCUGAGCCACUAGAGAGCAAAUCAAUUGUUGCUAAAUUGCCAUUCGAUCCACCAGAUGCACCUGAUACACCUAAGAUCACAGGCUACAGCGCGAAUAGCUGCUCUCUUGAAUGGGAACCACCAGCGAACUGCGGUGGCAAACCUAUCACAGGUUACAAUCUCGAAAAGAGAGAACGUGGUGGUGAAUGGAUUAAGAUCAAUAACUAUCCCACACCAAACACAUGCUACACUGUCCAAGACUUACGUGAAGGAAACCGCUACGAAUUCCGUGUCAUUGCUGUCAAUGAAGCCGGACCGGGCAAACCAAGUAAACCAACAGAACCCAUUGUUGCUGAGACUCAAAGGCUCAAACCAAGCGCACCAGAGCCACCCAAACCGGAUAGAGUUACAAAAGACUCUGUUACAUUAUCAUGGAGGCCACCAAAGUCCGACGGUGGAUCUAAGAUCAAAGGCUACAUUGUUCAACAGAAGGGUAAGGGAGAUAAAGACUGGAAAGACGUCAAUGAUGUGCCAACCCCUGGUCUUAUAUACACUGUACCAAAACUUAAGGAAGGCGCAGAAUAUCAAUUCCGAGUCAUCGCUGUUAAUGAUAUUGGCAAAUCUGAACCUAGCAAACCCACAAGCGAUAUCACGAUCGCUGAACAACCGAACAAGCCAUGCAUGGAUCUCAGUGGUGUCCGAGAUAUUACUGUACGUGCUGGGGAAGACUUCUCUAUUCACGUGCCGUACACCGGCUUCCCGCAACCGACUGCAUCUUGGUUUGCUGACGACAAACAGCUCGACGUCGACGGAGACUCGAGGAUAUUCCAAAAGAUCACACCCGACUCAGCAUCGCUUGUCGUUAAAAACGCUAAGAGAUCAGACGGUGGUCAAUACCGUUUGCAGUUGCGCAACCCGUCUGGUUAUGACACUGCCACUAUUAACGUACGUGUCCUCGACAGACCUGGAAAACCAGAAAAUUUGCGUGCAGAAGAGUUCGAGGGUGAAGCUCUUACGUUGUACUGGAACCCGCCCAAAGACAACGGCGGUGGCGACAUUACAAACUACGUGGUCGAGAGGCGUGAAGCUCGCACGCCGACCUGGACUAAAGUCUCCGGCUACGUCACGACACCGUUCUUACGGGUGAAGAACUUGACAGUCGGCAAGAGUUACGAGUUCAGAGUGAUGGCUGAGAACCAAUACGGUCAAUCCGAGCCAGCGCAGACUCUAGAGCCAAUCAGAGCCAGGCAUCCAUUCGAUCCGCCCAGCGCGCCUGGCACACCCACGUCUGUGGAAACAACGGAGUCUUCCAUCACGGUCACGUGGACGAAACCGCGUACCGAUGGAGGAUCACCGAUCACGGGCUACAUUUUGGAGAAGAGGUUAAUUACGGAGGACAAAUGGACGAAGGCGUCCCACGCACACAUUCCAAACACAACUUACAAAGUACAAGGGCUUAUUGAGAACCAUGAGUACGAGUUCCGCGUGUCUGCAGUCAAUGCGGCAGGUCAGGGCCCGUACUCCCAAAGCUCGGACGCCAUUCGCGCCUGCGCCCCACCGUCCGCUCCUCGCAUCACGAGCGACCUCAGCCUCAGAGACAUCACAGUCAUUGCUGGCGAAGAGAUCAAGAUCACUGUACCGUUCACUGGAAACCCAAGACCAAAGGUUUCAUGGUUAGUAAACAACGAAGAAGUGUUCCCAGACCAUCGCAUCCGUUUCGACACCACGGACAUCAACACGGUGUUCGUCAACUCGUGCGCCAAGCGCACCGACACUGGCUCUUACACUAUUCAACUGAUUAACAGUGAGGGCUCGGACAGUGGCACUUGCAGGGUGCUAGUAGUGGACAAACCAUCCCCACCAGUGGGUCCAUUGGACGCUUCAGACAUCACGCCGGACACUUGCACGUUGUCAUGGAAACCACCACUAGACGACGGCGGUUCGCCUAUCACCAACUACAUUGUAGAAAAGUUGGAUAAUACUGGCGUAUGGUCAAAGAUAUCAUCGUUCGUCCGCAACUGCCACUACAACGUGAUGGGUCUGGAGCCCAACAGGAAAUAUAUGUUCCGCGUCCGCGCUGAGAACCAGUACGGAGUGUCUGAACCACUGGCCAUGGAUGACUACGUCACUGCCAAGUUCCCAUUCACGAUUCCCGACCCACCGGGCGUGCCACGCGUCAUCGACUGGGACGGCUCCACUGCCAGCGUCAUAUGGGACAGACCGCGGUCCGAUGGAGGUGCACGCAUACAGGGCUACAAGAUCGAGUUCAGAGACGUACAAGACAAUAUCUGGGCCAGCGCUGAUUACCUUGUUAAGGAUUGCAAUUACCAGGCAUACAAUUUGGAACCUGGCCACGAAUACGAAUUCCGCGUUCGCGCCAAAAACGCGGCCGGCUUCAGCAAAUACUCCGCCAGCUCGCAACCGUUCAAAGUCCGCGGCAAGGUUGGACCGCCGUCCGCGCCGCGCUCGCCGCGCGUGCUGCGUGUUGGCAGGAACUAUGUCGAUAUCUCCUGGGAUCCACCGGCAUCUGACGGAGGUUCUCGUGUCACAGGCUACAUCAUCGAACGUCGCGAGCUUACCAGCUCUGUCUGGGUCAAGAGUAACGACUACACAGUACUGGACACCAACUUCACUGCGCUCAAUCUUAGUGAAAAGGCUGACUUUGAAUUUAGGAUUAUUGCUGUUAAUUCAGCAGGUAAAUCUGAGCCUUCAAGUUGCACCACACCAGUACGAACAGGCGAAGAGGUCGGAGGAGCUAAGCCAGAAUGGCUCAAGCAGAUGUCGCCGACACUAUGCGCGCCGCUCGGCAGGCCCUUCACUCUGGAAUGCGUCGCUUCAGGCAGCCCAGUUCCUACUGGCCGCUGGUUGAAGAACGGCAGAGAAGUUGUGCUUGGAACAAGACUUAUCGCGGAAUCUCGCGAGGGCACCCUAAAACUCAACAUUCUGGAAGCUUCCGAAGCAGAUGAAGGAGAUUACACUUGCGAAGCUAGCAACAACCUUGGAAGCAUUCACUGCACUGCACAUCUUAAGAUUGGAAGCCCACCACGCAUCACAAGAAUGCCAGGCGACCUCCACCUACCAGAACACGACAAUACCAAGAUCAAGAUCCUAUACACCGGCGACCAACCAGUGGACGUCACAAUCAGUAGAGACGGACACAAGCUUUCUGAAACUCCACACCUUAAAUACACCGUGUUCGAUGAUUACAUCCUUAUAUUUAUCAAAGACAUCACUAAGGAUGAUAUGGGUACAUACAAACUGACAAUCAAGAACAAUUCUGGCGAAACAUCAGACACGUUCUCGGUGACCGUCACCGGUCUCCCGGGUCCUCCUCAAGGACCUUUGGAGUCUUCAGACAUUACCAGACAUACUUGCACUUUGGCCUGGAAACCACCCACGUACGAUGGAGGUUUACCAGUCACCCAUUACGUUGUUGAGAGAAUGGACAUGUCCGGUGCUAACUGGAUAACAAUUGCCUCUUGUGUCCGGGACACGAGGUUCACAGUGCACGGCCUGACGGAGGGUCAGGAGUACAACUUCAGGAUACAUGCGGCUAAUGAUAACGGUAUUGGACCUGGAUUGGAAGGUGCCAGUCCGAUCAAGGCCAAGGCGCCAUUCGACCCGCCAUCAGCACCUGGAGUUCCCAACAUUUUGGAAGUUGGAGGACAUUUCGUACACCUCAAUUGGGAGAAACCCGAAAACGAUGGUGGCGCAAGAAUACAGGGCUACUGGGUAGAUAAACGCGAAGUCGGCUCUCAGAGCUGGCAACGCGUCAACCCGACCCUCUGCGUGCCCAACCAGCUCAACUGCGCCAACCUCAUCGAAGGACGCCAGUACGAGUUUAGGGUCAUCGCGCAGAACGAGGCUGGACUGUCACCGCCUAGCACGAACAGUCAACAGGUCAAGGUCAUCGACCCGAAGGCGGCAACACCACCUGAAGUUGUGAAACCUCUGAGAAACGCCAACUGCAUCCAGUACCACAACGCCAAGUUCACGUGUACAAUCACCGGAGAACCGAAACCUACCAUCACUUGGUACAAGGGUGCACGUGAGAUCAUCAACGGGCCCCGCUACCGCAUCUGGAGCGAGGGCGACAACCACUUCCUCACCGUCAUGGAUGUGUUCGGAGAGGACGCUGACGAGUACGUGUGCAGAGCCGUCAACAAGGCCGGUGUCAAGAGCACCAGGGCUGAGUUGCUGAUUAUGACUGCACCAAAACUGAACGUACCGCCAAGAUUCAGGGUCGAAGCGUUCUUCGACAAGGGUGAGAAUGUCGUCAUCAAGAUACCGUUCACUGGACAUCCCAUACCGAAGCUCACGUGGGUGCGGGAGGGAGAGACUAUUGAGUCGGGACUUCAUUACCAUGUGGAAAGAAAAGAACGCCAUGCCAUUCUUACAAUCCGGGACGCCAGUAAGAUGGACUCCGGACCUUACAGACUUACUGCCGAAAACGAAUUGGGACAAGAUUCCGCCAUCAUCAACAUUCAAAUUAGCGAUCGGCCAGACCCGCCGCGAUUCCCAGCUGUGGACAGCAUCGGCGUGGACUCCUUGGCAUUGUCCUGGAAGGCGCCAGUAUGGGACGGCGGCUCCGACAUCACCAACUACCUUGUCGAAAAGAGAGAACAUCCCAUGUCGAGCUGGAUAAGAGUUGGAAACACCAGAUUUACAACAAUGGCGGUGACUGGCCUGGUGCCCGGCAAACAGUACGAGUUCCGCGUGUACGCAGAGAACAUUUACGGCAGGUCAGAGCCCAGUGAGCCCACCACGCUGGUGCAGACCAAGGCCAUCGUCAAGAAGGAGUUCAAGAAGAAGGAAUACCCUGUUGACGAAACAGGCAAGAAAAUACGCUCAAACGCGGACCACGGGCCAGUGAAGGACUACGACAGCUACGUAUUCGAUAUCUACAGCAAGUAUGUGCCGCAGCCGGUCGACAUCCGCACCUGCUCUGUAUACGACAAAUACGACAUACUGGAAGAGAUUGGUGACUUCGUGAGAGCUACUUCUAAACGGAAACCACGGGAAGGCACAGGCGCGUUUGGCGUGGUGCAUAGAUGCAGAGAACGCUCUACGGGCAACUACUUCGCCGCCAAAUUCAUUCCCGUCGCCAGCGCUAUGGAGAAGGAGCUGAUCAAGAAGGAAAUAGACAUCAUGAAUCAGCUGCAUCAUCGCAAGUUGAUCAAUCUGCACGACGCGUUUGAGGACGACGACGAAAUGGUCCUCAUAUUCGAAUUCUUAUCCGGCGGUGAAUUAUUCGAGCGCAUCACGGAGCCAGGCUACAACAUGAGCGAAGCCGAGGCGGCGCACUACAUGCGGCAAGUGUGCGAGGGGGUGAAGCACAUGCACGAGCAGAACAUCAUCCACCUCGACCUCAAGCCUGAGAACGUCAUGUGCACCACCAGAACUGGCACUGACGUCAAGAUCAUCGACUUCGGUUUAGCCACAAAACUGGACCCGAACGAAGUGGUGAAGAUAUCCACCGGUACGGCGGAGUUCGCCGCGCCCGAGAUUGUGGAACGCGAGCCCGUCGGCUUCUACACCGACAUGUGGGCCGUGGGCGUGCUCUCUUAUGUCUUACUGUCCGGAUUAUCACCGUUCGCCGGCAACAAUGACAUUGAAACUUUGAAGAACGUAAAGGCUUGCGACUGGGAGUUCGAUGAGGAGGCCUUCCAGCACGUCUCGGACGAUGCUAAGGACUUCAUCAGGAGACUCUUGGUCAAGAGCAAAGAAAAGCGUCUAACUGCACACGAGUGCCUGGCGCACAAGUGGCUCGCGGGCGACGCCACCGCCGCGCGCACCGCCACCAUACAGGCGAGAAGAUACGAACAGAUGCGCAACAGACUACGACAGCGAUACGACAACUGGUCAUCGUUCGUGCUGCCGAUCGGCCGUCUCAGCGAAUACAGUUCGCUCCGCAAAUUGCUCAUCGAGAAAUGGAAGAUAUACGACGGGCAAUUCGAUCGUCGGCAGGCGGCGCCGCGGUUCGUGAUCAAGCCGCAGUCGGCGUUCUGCUACGAGGGCCAGUCGGUGAAGCUGUACUGCCGCAUCAUCGCCGUAGCCGCGCCCACCAUCACGUGGUCGCACAACAACCGCGAGCUGCGCCAGUCCGUCAAAUACAUGAAGAGAUACGCGGGCGACGACUACUACUUCAUAAUAAACCGGGCGAAGUUGGAGGACCGUGGAGAGUACAUCAUCAGGGCUGAGAACCACUACGGCUUCAGAGAAGAGGUCGUGUUCCUAAACGUACAACCGGUUCCCAAAGUCCAACGCCAACACGUCCCCGAGGCGCCGCGUCGUCGCGAAGCCAUACCGUACACCUUCUGGCAAGAAUCGAGCGAGACGGCACCUUCCUUCACAUUCUUGCUGCGACCUCGUGUUAUGCAAGCGAGAGACACUUGCAAGCUGCUGUGUUGUCUCAGCGGCAAACCUACGCCCACUGUUAAAUGGUACAAGGACAGAAGGGAGUUGUCCAAAUACGAAUACGCAAUGGCGCACUCCGAUGGCGUGGUGACGAUGGAGAUCAUCGACUGCCGGCCCGAGGACAGCGGCAAAUACACCUGCGUCGCCACCAACGUACACGGCACCGAUGAGACCUCAUGCGUUGUCAUCGUUGAAGGCGAAGUAGUGACAGAGGAACAGGCUGCGCUCGCGCAUAACCUGCUUCAUUCCGGUGAGAGGCGGUACAUCGAGAAGCCGCUGAAACCGGCGCCCACACCCAUCAUCACUAAGACCAAGGUGACAAUCGACCCACCGAGCAAACCAAGACCCAAAUACUCCCCUCAGAGCUCCGUGGAGGCUGCCCGGUCGCAGAGGAAGUACGGCGCCAGAUUAGGCUCAGACACGUCGUCGAGGUCAAGGAGCGCUACUAAGGAACUUAUUCUGCCUGCAUCAGACUCAGCGAUGUGCAAGCCAACGUUCGCGCGCGCCCUGCCAGACGCGCUGACGGCUAAAGAUGGCGCCCCCCUGUUACUGUCGUGCUCAGUGCGCGGAGACCCCGACCCGAGGGUCGAAUGGUACAAGGAUGCCAAGCCCCUGCAUUCUUCUGAGGUCGUCAACCUCAAGUACAAGAACGGCGUGGCGUCGCUCGCCAUUAACGAGGUGUUCCCUGAGGAUGAAGGCGUGUACUCGUUGAAGGCCAUCAACAGCCAGGGCGAGAUCGAGACCAAAUGCAAAGUCUCCGUCAAAAGUAUAUCCUCCGCGGAGCCGCAGAAGGUUGACAAGGCACCGAGAAUUGUAGACCACGCAGUGUCGCAGGUCGUGAAUGACGGGGACCCUGUCACGUUAUCUUGCAGAAUCGCAAACGCGGAGAGAUUCGACGUAGUGUGGCUGCACAACAAUAAGGAGAUCAAGCCCUCGAAGGACUUCCAGUACUCGUCGGAGGCGAACAUCCACAAACUCACCAUCGCCGAAAUAUUCCCUGAGGAUGCCGGCGUAUACACAUGUGAGGCGUUCAACGAUGCGGGCGAGUCGUUCUCAUCGUGCACGCUGGUCGUCUCGGUGUCCGGGGAGUCCCCCGCCGCGCCGCAGUACACUGCCUUCCCCGCCUCCGCUACCGUGCAGAGUGGAGAGCCGGCCGUGUUCUCCACUGAAUUGGAUGCGCCACCACUCCAGCUCCAAUGGUUGAAAGACAUCAAGCCGAUCGACGAGUCAUCAGACAGAUACAAGUUGAUGAUGGUAGGCACGUCAGCGUACCGUCUAGAGAUCGUCAAGACGAGCCCGGCAGACAGCGGACAGUACCAGGCCCGUGCCGCCGGGUCCAAGGGAGAUUCCUAUGCAGCCUUCUAUUUGAACGUUGUCGAUGAUGAAGAAUAAAAACAAAAGUAUUUAUUAAUUCGAUCAUUGUAUUGACUAUUCGAUUCAAUACAAAGAUUUUAUACUAUUAGAUAUGUCACUAGCGCAUUCAAACUGAGGCGAACAAAGGUGGCUAAUUGUCAAUUUUAUUUAGUUGCAUAAAUAAAUAUUGUCUACAAUAUAGAGUUCAGGAAGAGACGCAUAUCUUAGCAUUCCAUGGAUUCACCGUGCAAGUGCCGGGUCCAUCGCGUGGAAGAGAGAAAAUCUCCAAGAAGAGUCCUGGACUUGUGACCAAUGGAUGUAGGGUUAAGGAAUUCCUUGACAAUCGAUCAACACUCCCCUCCUCCGCUCGUGUUGUUCUCCCUGCUUAGCCAAAUUUGGUAAGAUUCUAAUAUAGAACUUGUUGCAGUUCUAGAGAGGCCAAGGUCUAUAAGCAAGUUAUAGAGAGUAAAAACUAUACAUAAAUUAUAAUUAUAUAAUGUGUGUGCGUUCAGUGCAGUAGCUAAAGUCGGAUCAUUUUUCGCUGUGAUUUUGUAGGCACCUAACAUAUCUAAUAGUAUAAAAUCAUUGUUUGUAUAUAAAACCGUGCGAUUUUAUGACCAUUCAUAAAAUAUUAAAAAUACAGGAACCGAGACACCGCCUUGCAGAACUUCUUCUGUAAAAUGUAUUUAAUUAGAUACCUAUACGAAUCCAAACAUAGGCUUAUUUUCUACGGAAAACAUUAAUAUUUUUAUAUAACGUAAAUGACAUAAAUAUUCACUGUCUUAAAAAUACAAAAAUGUAAAGAUUUUUAACGUAUUUCAAAUUUAAAUUUUUAUUUUAAAUAAAUUUUAUUUGCGCAGAAA